CUGCUGCUGCUGCUGCUGCUCGGCACUCGGACUAGCGCGUUUGGCGGACAGGAAGAGCGAUCGAGCAGUGCGGAAGGCUUUGCGAAUUUUACGCAACUGUCGGAGGCGGUGCAUGCCUCGCUGCUGGCGCACGAACACCAACAGCGGCAGCAGCAGCAACGUCAGCGACGCUCUAAGCGGGCGGUGAAGCGUGUCUGCUACGGUGAGCUGGGCUGCUUUGAGGACUCUGGGCCGUUUGCUUAUCUGGAGAUGCUGCCCUCGUCGCCCGAGGAGAUCAAUACCAAGUUUUACUUUUACUCCACGCGCCAGCGCUCUGACCGCCCGCUCAUGGAGCUCUCUUUUCGCAACAUGACUGCCGCAUUUGCCAAGGCAAAGACCAAACGGCAGUCGGAGACGCCAGCAACCGCAGCCGAUGCAUUACCAGCCACCAGCGUCCCAGCGGCCGGUUUAAAUGCGACUACAGAGAAGCCCAAUGGCAGCCCAAAGAAACCGCCGCCGCCUUCCAUCGAUGAUCUCGAGGGAUUCGAUGAGCUUUCAGUGCGUGUCAUUGUACACGGCUUUGGCUCCGCCUGUCCGCACGUGUGGAUCUACGAGAUGAAAACAGCGCUAAUGGCAGUGGAGGAUUGCAUUGUGAUCUGCGUGGACUGGGAGAACGGUGCCACAUUCCCGAAUUAUGUGCGUGCAGCGGCGAAUACACGACUGGUUGGCAAACAGUUGGCAAUGCUGCUGCGCCAUCUGCAGAAGCACAAGGGGCUCAAUCUGAUGCGCACCCAUGUCAUUGGCUUUAGCUUGGGAGCGCAUGUCUCUGGCUUUGCGGGGGCCGAGCUGCCCGGCCUGUCGCGCAUAACGGGCUUGGAUCCGGCGGGACCUCUGUUUGAGGCACAGCAUCCGAAGGUGCGACUAGACAGCAGCGAUGCAGAGUUUGUUGAUGUCAUCCAUUCGAAUGGCGAGAAUCUCAUCUUGGGUGGUUUGGGCUCCUGGCAGCCCAUGGGCCAUGUUGACUACUAUCCGAAUGGAGGACGUGUGCAGACCGGCUGCUCAAAUCUUUUUGUGGGCGCAGUCACGGAUUUUAUUUGGUCUGCCCAGGCUGCGGAGGACGAGGAGGGACGCUCGCUGUGCAAUCAUCGGCGCGCCUACAAGUUUUUCAUCGAUUCGGUGGCGCCACGCUGCAUGUUUCCCGCGUUCCCUUGCGCUAGCUACGAUGACUUCCUCAAGGGUAAAUGCUUUCCCUGUGCUCAGGAUGACGAGGACCUGGCCGAGGGCGUUCCCCGUUGCGGCAAUAUGGGCUACUAUGCGGAUAGAUCGACAGGUCGCGGCCAGCUCUACCUGCUCACCCGCGAUGAGGAGCCCUUCUGUGCCCACCAGUUCCAACUGCAGAUAUUCAACUCCUUCAACGAUCUGCCGCUGCGCACCAUUGGCCGCUUAGAAGCCAUACUCGAAGGCGACGGCGGUCUCAACGAGACCUUCGAAAUAUCCGAAAAGGACGAUGCUGAGUUCUUCGCUGGCGACAUUGUGUCGAAGAUUAUCGUGCCGCAUCCGGCGCUGGGUUUCCCCACGACGUUGAGCCUACACUACAAGUCGUACAGUGGGUGGUUGUCGAAGGGCCUGCCCCACUGGGACAUCGACAAGGUGGUGCUGACAGAUAGCUUUGGGCGCAGCCAUUCGCUGUGCCGCCCCAGCACCAAGCUGAGCAGCGGCAGUCCCGUCCGCAUGCGCCUGCAGGCGGGCAACUGUGAGCUGGACAAUCAGGAUGAUUAUGGUGCCUACACCACCCAAGCGCCGGCUUCGCUGCCGCCUAGCACAGAUACCCCGUUGGCGGACUCGAGCGUGCAGGAGUCGGGCCUGAGCACCAACGUUGAUGGCGUCGAGAGCGUCAAGCAGCGCAAGAACAUCUUCAAUUUGGGCACCAGCUUCAAGCUGUCGCAGAAUCAAACCUAUCCGCUGACCCAAACAGACGAGCUGCCAUGGCAGCCCAUACUCGUCGGCAACUCCCUCGACAAGGACAACAACGAGGCGGAGGCGGCCGAGUCCAGUCGCAGCCUGUCCGACGCGCUCAGUGCACCCACCGAUGAGAUAUUUGAGCCGGUGCUCAAGGACCGCCGCUUGGCUCUAAAUCGUGGACGCAAUCUACACGAAUAUGCCACCACCACGGAGGAGAUUGUUGAGCCGGUGUUGAAGGCGACCACGCCGAGAGCUAAGCACGGCAAGGAUCUUCAACUGCCCGAGCCGGGUAACAGCAAUUCCACGACAACGGGCUCACCUGAUGCUCCAGUUGCAGCUCCAGUUCCCGCUGCUGCUGUCGCCGGUGCUGCACAUCCACCCAAAAUGAUGGCACAGUUGGCUGGCGGUGCAGAGGAGCCGCAAACAGUGCAAUUGCUGCCAUUUCGCCUGGGUGAGCUGCUGCAGCGUGCCGAGCGCUAUGCACGGGAAACGCUGCUGCCAUUAAUUUCGGUGCAGGCGCCGCGUUUCUUUGGCUUCAAUGUGACCCCCCACGAGCGGGGUGAGUCCCGCAAGCCCCGCUACAUACCGCGCUACGAGGAGGCGGCUUUCCUUAACGGCAGCAGUCAGCAGCGUCGCAACUCUCAGGACGUGCAGGACACGCAGGACACAACGGAUCAGGCCGCACGUCGUAAUCUCUUUCGGCUACUGCGCUCGGAUGCGGCCCGUGGUCGUUCCGCCUCCCAGCGUACGUUGUCAAGUAGCGAGCCGCAGUCGCAACAGCAACAGCAACAGCCGCCGCAGCAGGGCGACUUCAACUACUACACAAAUGUGCUGCUGUCGGAAUCGCGCUCGAUGCGGCCCGAGGCUCCCGAGUAUCGUCCGAUCUUUAUUGAUCUGCCCACGUUUCGUCCGCCCACCUCCUCCACUUCCUCCUCCUCCUCCGCCGCGUCCAAAGCGAAAGGCAACAGGGCGACGAAGUCCUUGCGACGCGCACGCAUGCAGCCUAAUCCCUGAGCUGUCGGGCUGUGGGUUGGCCGCGAGGGGAAGUAGGGGGAGGGUAGCCAGCUACAUAUAAGUAAACACUAUGUGAUAUCGACUAUCUGAGAGACGCCGCACAGUGGAACUGAUCAGCGUUUUCGAACGGCGAGCAUCGCCUGCCUGCAAUUAAAAAAAUGAACAAUCAAGUGUCCUUGUCGGUAGGUUGAACUCGUCGUACCAAACAAAAAAAAAAAAAACAAUAUUUCAACUUCUCCUUGCACUGUAAAUAACCGUUUAAUGGAAUUUGAAAUUCAUGCAACAGCAUUGUGCUGCUGACACGAGUCUUAUUCACCUUUAGUUUAGCUGCUAAGUUUAUAAUGUGAGCAUUAAAAUAAAUUAUUAGCAUAUUAAGAAAAU